AUGCAGACGAACGCGCAGAAUUCAUGUUUGGUUUUGGCCACAAAAUCGUUACCAGUUUUACCCGUCGCCGCCACACCCGCCCGACCUCGAGCCACGGCCCGGCCACGAACCGCCGAGUCUUUGUUGGCGUGUUUGGAAUGCGGAAGACAUUUCGUUUGUGUUUCGAAACUGCGAUCUCACGAGAAAACGCAUUCAAAGUCGCGUCCAUUCAAAUGCAUUGAUUGCGGAAAGACUUUUACCGUUCGAUAUUCUCUCAUUUGUCACACUCGAACCCAUACUCGUGAGCGUCCAUAUCAGUGUUCUUCAUGCGGUUCGCGUUUCACUCAAGCGUCGUCUUUAAAAACACAUCAAAUCUAUAAACACACGAAACAAUUCCCUUAUAAUUGCAAACUUUGCGGAAGAGGUUUCAUAUCUCCCGGACAACGCGCCGAACAUCAGGCCAGAGCACAUCAACUCAAACCAAACUCAACUGCGAAACCCCGAAGACCUCAAAGACCGCCCGCAACUCCCACCACAUCUUCAGCCGCCUGUCAAACAGCUCUAUCUCUUCCACCGCUUUUGUGAAGAGUUUUCUCGAAAUUCUAGUCAAAAGUCAUUCAAAAAAACAGUCAAUAAAUCACUCAAAAAGUCAAACAAU